CGCAGUACCACUUCAAAGACUUCAAGGUUCGCUGAUCAUCCCAAAAUGCGCUACAAUCUCACUGUUACCAUAUAAAGAUUCUUGCGAAUGUAUCAUAUGCUUUGUUUAUUGUCGAUUCGCAAGUUUCUAACGAGUAUGUUAUCUCACACUGGGAUUAUGACCUAAAUCUUUAGGCUGUCUUCGAGUCGGCAAAACGCGAUCGAACGCGUUUUCAGCUUCCAAUAAGGUCCAUUAGAGGAUCUUUGGGCUUUCAUGAUUCUUUGUGAGGAGAUCGAGCGUCUGCAGAAAUGACAAAGCGCAUCAAGCUUAAAGUCCAGCGAAAUCGCCUGCCUGACGUUGACGUCGUUUGGGCCGUCAAAGAUGUGGAAGGUCGCGAGCGAUGCACUGUCUCUAAGUUGAUUGCAGACGUAGACCAGUCCAUACCUCUGGAAUCCGGUGAAUGGACACUUGACCAAUACGUUGUCGAACUCGAUGGCUAUGAAUGCCUCCACUAUCAAUUCGUCUCCGAUGUUCUCAAGGACGGCGAUGAAGUUAUCAUCCGCCCGCUCACAUCACCUGAUAUCAAGGCGCGACGUCUCUGUGGACGCACGCAAAUUACCGGAGAAGGAUUCCACAUACUAGAUGGGGUACCGUAUGGCAUGCAGCCGAAUCAGCGCCCCCCGCGACCUGGUAUACUUAUUCCUUCCCGCAAGCGUCGCCGUCCAGAGCUUGAAGAGGAGGACUACGAUGACUCGGGUCCUGCUACUAUUGCCGAUAUCGAAGAUGACGAUGAACUAUUGGCUCAUGUGAAUGGAGGGCAGGAUGAAGAUACGGUCACUGCGAAGAUUGAGGCACCUGGCAAGAGUAACCGUCGGAUCAAGAAACAGAAGAACGUGCACUUCAGUUUUGUCAAGGACAUUCCGGAUUUUCAAGUUGAAGACGACGAGCGCGAUGAGGACGAUUCCGACUUUGACCCCGACACUGGGUCGAAAAGUAGUGAUCUGAGUGAAGAUGAGCAGGAUGAGGACAAUUCAGACGAUGUUUCAGGCUCUGAAUCUUCCUCAGAAGCGUCUAGUACCUCUGAAGAAGACAGCUCAAGCUCAGAGGAGUCGGAUUUAGAUUCUGACAGCGCAGCGUCGUCGCCAGAAGUCCUGUCAACAAAACAGGCAAACGGGAUUCCUUCGUUGAAUGGAACUCCAAAUUUGCGAGGCAUAUCAUCAGCCGAAAAUAGUGCACCAAAGAUACAGUUCAAUGGGAUUCCCUACAGCGGCAGCAGUAGAACUAGGGAGCGCAAUAAGCGUCGCCGGAUCUACGAUAAAAUGCAGGCACAUGUUCGCUCUAUAAUAGGCAGCAAAGCAACCAAAAAAGAGUGUCACGAAUGGCUGAAAAACAACCCUGAUCAAGCCAUGCGAAUCCACCUUACGGUGAAAGAAAAUUUAGGUAUGGUAAGGAAGGACUCUGAAGAAGAGGGUGGCAGAAUUGUCAAUUCAAGUGGAGAAGAAAGUUCACAUUUGAUCGAUCAGGCGAAGACAAACGUGGACGGCAGCAGCGAUAACCAAGUGGUGAUUCUUGAUUCAAACAAGGCUAAGGCGGUAGAACGUGGGAAUAUCUAUACGACUGGAAAAGAAUCUGCCAACAUGACUAAACGACGAGAGGAUUGCCAUGACAAUGCCAUAUCUCCUGGUCCUGUCAAUGGUUCAAACGAUGCACCUUUGUCGAAUGUUGAAGUGAGUGAGACUGUGGACAAGUCCCCCAAGCACACACCGCACGCAAGCGAAUCUUCAGAUAUGAAGCGCGUCCGCCUUGAUAUAAAUGGCUCUCGUCGCGCCAUUUUCGGCGCGCUAGGUCAGCGCACGCCCAAGACACAACAGGAUGCCGAUCGCGUGCGCACAAGGCUGGCUGGUCUUGGCAAACCGAAGUCUGCAACGACUAUGAAAGCGCCGGCAGAAGAGGAAGUUGAUCCUCUUAGUGAUGCGUGGCGAAGUAAAAUACGACUUCUUGCAGUGGACUGUGACAAUCCUGAGAUCAAGCUAAGCGAGCCGCCGUAUCCCUUCAAGCAGCGCUGGGAUCCGAGUCAGCAGCGAAACAACUGGUGGACAAAUGGAGGAAAGCAGCGAAAGAAGAAGGCAAGAAAUAGCUAUGGGCAAAACUGGGAGGAAGGUGAGGAUGAAUACGAAGGAGAAUAUUGGGAAGCAGAGGAUUUCAGCGGCCUUGACUACGAUGAGACGGAGGCUUGGGAAGGUGAAGAAGCCGAUGAGCUCGCUGAGAGACGGCACGACUCGACUACCUUGGCGAAGACUCAGUCGCUUCCUAUAGCCGCGGACGUCGUUGAUGAUCUGCCUAGCUUGCCUGCAGACAUCUCCAGCCUGCCAAAUCUGAAGGAAGAAGAUCUCAAACAGGGCGCGCUUAUCGCUUUCAAGCAGCUUGAGUGCAACCAAGCCACGAACUGGGCUCCGUUGUUAUCUGCGCAUCGCACAGCCGAGGUUGUACAAGAGAUUCAAAACGGCGUCGUUGAAGUCAGGCUGGCAAUUCGCGACCGCACUGUAAAGAACAUACGGUAUGACCAAGACGGCAAGAGAGUAUACGAGAAGUUCGAGAUGGAUGAUGGAGACGAUGAUGCAGAGGAUGAUGGGAUUAGGGAGCUGAAUUUUACAGACAUGGUUGAUGCAAAACUUCUCAAGUCCAGCUAACGUACCGGACGAAGCACAAUUACCAGCGCAUAAUGCAUGAACUGGGCUAUUUGGCUGUGGUCAUACGGCGCAUGCGCCAGCGCGUAUACGCGAGAGUAUGUCAGUCUUUCGAGAAAGCUUUUCAAGAACCUCCGGCUGUUUUUGGCCAAGAUUUUAUAUUGUGUUAAACAAAAUAACCAUGAGCAGAACCCACUUAGCAUCUUUGCGACUGCACUAACUUUUAUCACUCGGUCUGUAAACAUAUGACAUGUUAUGGUGUCUCGGUACGUGACGGACACGUGACUGAACGUGACUGUCAAAAGCUUGUCAAUCCUCCUUUGCUUGAAGCCGUACGUCGCUUGCUUGGCCUCGUCACUAAAGGCAAACUAGACGUACACAUGCAAUUCGGUCGAAUCAUCGUGGAUUCGAAUUAGGGUCUCUGAGCUGACUGCCUCGUGAAACGCUCGGCUCUAUCACCGUCGGAUCGGAGCUGCCGUCAGGGCUCAGCUCGAUAUUUUUAAAACUAAGAGAAGGAAAUUCCAACGCCAUUUUUAACGCCAUCGAGUUUGUUAUUAGCACCAUGCCGGCCGCGAGCCGGCAAGAAUGGGAUAUUGUAUUGGUCCGUCCAUCUUAAUCUACGUGAAUUUUUAAGGAUCUGGAGCGAUCGCGACCGUAGGGCGAUGAUGGAGUAGAACCGCAGGCAGAACUCGAGAAACAAUGACGAAAGGGUUGAAACUAGAAAGAAACAAAAUAUGAAUGUGAGACUAUGUUGGGAUGAGAAAUAUUACAAUUCUUGACAUUUCGAGUGUUGAUGAUCAUACGGGGCUGCGAAAAAAUAAACCACACUUUACAAUCUAGAGAGCGUAUUGUUAAG